AUGUAUGCAUCCACCGUUCACCGUCUCUUUCCUCUCGACCGUGGUCAAUACCCCGUGGCGCGCCAUAGACGCUACAUUGCUGCGGCUUGGGCUGCUGCUCGGCUGGGUCGCAGCAUCUUCCCCUCAAAGGAGCACUACACUGUCGCGGUCCUCUCGGACUUCGACGGCUCAGGGCGUCACCACCCUAGACAUCGCGGCCUCGGCACGGUCCCCGUCGCUCGCCAUACUGCAAUGGGUGAAGUUGGCACGCUCGUCUCCGGAUUUAGGGACGAGCUUGUGAGCCUUGGAAAGCGCCGCCAUGUUCCCGACAUCUUCCCCGACCUCGACGCUGACGUCAACCCGACGUUCAAGAGGUUCACGGAGGAAGACCGAGCACGUCAUGCGUCGCAGAUGGGAGUGUUUUCCGUCGACAAUCUGGUGUCGGGCAUUAAGAGAGAGCGGGCUCCUCUUUCUGUGAAGGAGAGACGUGCUAAGAGGGACGAGCAUCGGCACAACAAAUUCAUUCCUACUCUCAUCAAACAUCUGACGAGGACCAAGAACGGUUCUCUCUCUCCAUCGCUGAGAGAUGCCCACACUGUCACCUUCGGCCGUCCGCGUGCGACGUACCUGCACGACUACCUGAAACCCUACGACAGCAACCACUCAUAUCUUUGCUCGAGGAUGGAGACUUCCACAAAGGCUACUGAGAAGCCUUCCCAGUCGGUGGUUGAUUAUCCGCCGCUGACUAUCGAAGAAGUUAUCACUCAAAUCACCACCGAGGAGAACGAGAUGUACUAUGACGCCGAGGAGGACUUCUAUGGGCUCACUCCGGAGGAGGAGGCAUUUGUCGAUAUGGUAUGCGACGAACUCGAUGCGCGUCGCCGUGCAACGGCUAUGGAUGUCAACGCUGUCUCAACCACUUCAUCAGCCCCAACCCCGAUGAUGCUCAAGGACAUUCAGACUUUCGACGACGGUUCCAAGGUAGUAGCAGUGGUCAUUGAAGAUUUCGACCAGACACUCGUGAAUGAUAAUGACAAGUUCGAGAAGCAGCUGGAAACAGCUCUCGCAGAACCGUACGAUAUGGAGCAUACAUUUGUCCACGACCCUGAGCUAUGGGCGGGCAUCGAAUUGGGCACUCUCGACGGCUCUUCCAUUGUGCCUGCUCCGAACACCAACCUUGACCAGGAUGUUGAUAUGGCGCUACGUGCUCAUUCUUCUGAGUCUUUGACGCACACCACAACCAUCAUCGACGAGGAUAUCUUCUAUCGCCCAACCUCGAUCGCGGACGAGGAUGCAUCCAUGCAUGCUUCUCAUAUUCCUUCCCAAGCUCACACUGAGUUUUACGCGGUCCACGAAUACCAGUCCUUGACAUUCCAUGAUGUCGACAAAGACGAGGCCUUCUUCACCGCUCCACUGCCGUCUCUCAAUGUAUUUGCUGCUUUAGAUGCCGACCCUAUCAUGAUCGACGAGGACGCCGUUUCGGACAUUCUGAGCUCCCCAUCGCCGAUGGGAGCGCCGUAUGACGACAAUGUCCUUCCUGCUGUUGGUGAUGGCGAGUCUUGUCUUGAAGCUGCCGAUCCUGCCCCUCCUAUAACGGCCACCGAGGAAGAGGUCGAGGCGUUCCUUGCAACUGUCCUUUUUCCUCCUCAGCCAGCCGCUCAGUGUUCUGCCGAACUGGUUGAUUUCGAUGAUGUAGCUGAGAUGGACAAUCUAGGCCAACCUUAUACUGACGUCUCGCCAGAGCGCGAAGGUGACGUUCCGGAAAUCCACGGGUCUUCCACAGCUGUCGGUAUAGUGAGCAUCGACGAGGAUGUAACGUACAUCGGCCCAAUCGAGGCGUGCACCAAGUUCACUGUCGAGGAUGGCCCCGCCGCUACUCAAGCGUCAGACCGAGCUCUGGAGGACGCUUACUGGGAUGAUCUCUUUGGCCCCGACCCCGAGGCCCUCCGUGCUUACGAGAUUCGACCCGAUCCCUUGGUCAACCUUCCUGAAGAAGGACAAUCCGUUGCAGUGGAUGCUUUCGACGCACUGGUUGCCGACAUGCGAUCGUUCUCGUUGUCCUCCACCCCCAUCCACGUUCCCGAUAUUGCACCCGCGCCUCCUUCCGCUGUAAUUCCAAGCUUCCUCGGAGAGGAAGAAUCAGAAGACGAGGUCCUUUGUGGCCGAUCUUCCAGGAAACAGGAGUCCUCCGGCCUAGCUAGAACCCAACGCAGCUCUCGUCGCAUGAACCCCCUCGGCAAUGCAAGAAAUGAGUUCAACGAGUGGAGGGAUGGAUCGAUGGAUCGAGGAGACACCUCGUAUGGGAGGUCGAGCGUGAAGCGUCUGCUCAAGCGCAACAAGGAAAAAGAUAAGGAGAACAAGAAGACGGGUUUCAAAAUCAAGUGGAACCCGAAAGGCCAGACUGCAGAGGAGAUCCUCAAGGUAGUUGCACCGACCCCGCCUAAGGAGGAUGACUGCGCUGAUGCAAUGGGUUCCACUGGGAUAUCCUCCUCUGCGGAGAUGGAUGACCUCAUCUCGGCAUUCGGUUCGAUUACUGCGCCUUCGUUGACUUAA